GUGUUUUAAUAGGCUAUCAUAAACAUAAUGGAAACAUGCAUUCACGCAAACGUUUUUAAAAGGCGUUUGGAUUGUAAAAUAGACUGUUAAUUUAGGAUAUUACUGCCAAGAGGAAGGCUGGAAGAUGUCUGAAAACAUUUGCAUUAAAACGCUAUCUGCCUUAACAAUUCACUUAAUGCUGCAUUCAUCUUUAAAAAAAAACAACAUGCUUUUUAUUCUUAAAUGCAGUGCAUAAAUCUACAACAGAGAUAAUCUCACUGGAUGUCAAAUACAUUUAUGAAUUAGUUAUUAUCGAGAAAUUGUUCUUUUUUUUUUUCCAAAAGCAUUCACACGUUAUAACAAAUAUCUUAAAGACAAACCGGCACUUAACCAUUUAGCAUAGAAACUCUCCCAUCAAAUAUGUGAAUAUGGGAAUAAAUAACAUAAGUGGACUAUGUGUUUUUUUGGUGUAGGCCGAAUGUCAAAGUGCGGAACGAUUCUUACUCGCGCAGUCGGUGAUUUGGGAAGAAAGGGAUUAGUAAGAGUGGUAUUUCCUUUUUUUUUUCCUCCCCUCUCUCUCUCUCUUUAGUUGCAUGCUCAAGUCCCAUUCUCUGGUCAAGUUCAGAGCGUCGUUCUCCGGACCGGACGGACGCUUCUUAUUGGUAGACAGCGCCGGUUACAUCACGCCGGCCGUGACGCGCACGUCUUCCUGUUUCCUUCAGCCGCGUCUUAAAGUGAAUCUUAGUGGCGGAGGAGCGCUCAGCAUCCAGUCCUCUGCACCCAGUGCGCCUCGGAGACGCACACACGCAGUCUCUCUCUCUCCCUCUCUCUCUCUCUCUCUUGUACUCUCUCUAUGUCUCUCACUCUUUUAGUCACAGCUGAGGAUAGAGGGAGAGACCGACGCGCUAGAGCUCUUUUCAUCUUCUAUAUUUUUCCUAUUUCGUCCCUUUCGCUCGCGUCGCUGACUUUAUUCCAGCUCUUCCUUCUUUGAGAAAUUCUUAUAUAUCCCAGAAUCCAACAAUCCGCCGUGCUCUGCGUUUAUUCUCUUCUUUUUCUUUUUCUUUUUUCUUUUUUUUUGUGUGCCGUCGGACUUCAGGUUGUCCCCUCUUCAUCUAAAGGGUACUCAGAGGAAUUGAUCCUAGAGGACUGGGUUUUCGGGAUAUGGCCCAAUAGCUGCAGCCCGUGAUGCCGGACCAUGACAGCGACUCCCUCCUGAACAGACAGACCAAGCGAAGACGUGUGGACAUUGGUGUUAAGAGGACCGUGGGCAGCACAGCCUCCUCCUCCGCAGCAGCCACAACAACAACCACUGAUCACAUUGCCCGCGCCAAAGCAGCCAUUUUCAGUGCCAUGAACUCUCUGAGCUCCCACUCUCACCACGGAUCAGACAACGACUCCAUGGAGUGCUCUGUAGUACAGCCACAUGGUGGACCUGGCGUUGUGUCAGCCAGCGACAGUGAAUCUAAGUCCAAUGUACUCCGAAAGCUACUGAAGAGGGCCAACUCGUACGAGGACACCAUGAUGCCCUUCCCUGGCACCACCAUUAUCUCCCAGCUUCUCAAGAAUAACAUGGCUAAAAAUGGAGGAGGACCUGAGAGGGGAGAACGAGUGGACAGGGGUGAUAGAGGGGAUAUCGGCUUCCCCGGAUCAGGGCUCUCAAAUGCAAGUUCAGAUGCUCCCCAGGAGGAUGCCUGCAGUAACUCCUCCCAUGAUAGCACCCCUCAAGAGUGCUUGUCACCCUUUGGUCGUCCCGGCCUGGCCACCUUUGACAUUGAACGUCUGAAUGAUGAACAUCUGCGUGCCAAGCGGGCCCGUGUAGAGAACAUUAUACGUGGUAUGAGCCACUCACCCAGUGUGGUGGUACCCGCUGCUUCCCGUCAUGAGCGUGACCAUGAGAUGGAUGGAGACCGGGAGAUGGAUCUAGACUGCCCACCCCCUCAGUCUCAGCAGCAGGCCCCCAGCAGCCCACGGGGAGGCGAGGUGUGCAGCAGUAGCAGCCGAGAGAACAAGCGCAAGCAGCGUCUGCCGCAGCAGCAACAGCAGAGCUUCACCCAGCUGGUGUGCCAGAGGAAGGAGCAGAAGCAGGAGGAGCGACGGCAACUGAAGCUACAGCUGGAGGACAUGCAGAAACAGCUACGUCAGCUGCAGGAGAAGUUCUUUCAGAUCUAUGACUCAACCGACGACUCGGAACACAACGACCUCCAUAAUGAGCUCCACAAUGACAUAGGAAACAUGUCCGAAGACAGCCCAGCCAGGUCCGACACCGGCGGAGAUGACCGGGGUGGAGAUGACUUGCGCUCUGACAAUGAGAUGUCUGACCUGGACCCGGGCCAUUUCCUGGACAGGGCGAGGGCCUUGCUUCAGGAGCAGGCCUUGCUCGCAGGCAGAGAGAAGCCAAGAAGAGAGGGGCUCAGCCGGAGCAAAGGGCCGGGAGGUCCAGGCUCCUCCAUGCAUGCUGAAGGUAAACAGCUGGCAGAAACACUGAAGCAGGAACUCAAUUCAGCCAUGACCCAGGUGGUGGACACAGUGGUGAAGGUGUUUGCCAAGCCUCCACGCCCUACACCCCAGCAAGCCUUCCCUUCACUUUCCAUACCUCCUGAAAGAUUUCCCACCACUGUCAACGGGGACAACCCCAACUUCCACACCGCCAACCAGAGGCUGCAGUGCUUCGGAGAUGUCAUCAUUCCCAAUCCACUAGACUCCUUCGCCAGCAUGCCCGGGAUGCCAGGUCCCAACAAUGACCAAACUGAGGCAAUACCCUUAGUUGUGAGGAAGACACCCAGUGAGCACCACCACCACCACCACCAGUCCUCAGCUGUUGGUGCCCAUGGCGGCCACCACCACCCCGUCCUUCACCCCUCCUCACUCUCUGCCUCCAUGGGCUUCAGCCCCCCAUCUUUCAGACACCCUUUUCCGCUGCCUCUCAUGGGUUACCCUUUCCAAAGUCUUGGCGGGCCCACAGGUGGCUACCCAGGCAAGGACCGUUCCUCUCCAGACUCCAUGGACCUGUCCCGGGAGACCACCAGCCUGAGGACCAAGAUGGCAUCAGUUCACCAUAUGGGCCACCACCACCACCAUCGCUCUUGUUCACCAGCGCACCCUGGCAGCACAGCCGAGCUGUCCCUGUCCCUCAUCAAGUCUGAGUGCAGUGACCUCCAGGACAUGGCUGACAUCUCACCCUACUCAGGCAGCAAUAUCCAAGAGGGUCUAUCCCCCAAUCAUCUGAAGAAGGCCAAGCUCAUGUUUUUCUACACCCGCUACCCAAGCUCCAAUAUGCUCAAGAUGUUCUUCUCUGAUGUCAAGUUUAAUCGCUGCAUCACCUCCCAGCUGAUCAAGUGGUUCAGCAACUUCAGGGAGUUCUACUACAUCCAGAUGGAGAAGUUUGCCCGCCAGAACAUCAACGAUGGAGUCACUGGAGUCGAAGAGCUGGGCGUCAGCCGCGACAGCGAGCUCUUCCGAGCCCUCAACAUGCACUACAACAAGGCUAACGACUUUGAGGUCCCUGAACGCUUCCUGGAGGUGGCAGAGAUCACACUGAGGGAGUUCUUCAACGCCAUCGUGGCCGGUAAAGACGUGGACCCGUCCUGGAAGAAGGCCAUCUACAAGGUCAUCUGCAAACUGGACAGCGAGGUCCCGGAGAUCUUCAAGUCCCCCAAUUGUCUCCAAGAGCUUCUACACGAGUAAAUCUCCCCCUCCUCCUCCUCCUCCUCCUCCUUCUCCUACUCGCACGAUGCUUUGGCUUCUAUUCUCUUUGAUUUCAUAGAAUUUCAAAAUAUUCUCUUUUGUUGUUUUUUUUUCUUUUUCCUCAACUUUUCCUUUGAUUUCCUGUUUUAAAAAAAAUUAUUUUUGAAUGUAUGAAAGUUAUGAAGUAGCAUUCCCAAUCUGCAGCCUCUGUGGCAGUUCCUAAACGACCUAACUAUUGUCUUGUUGUUCUUGUAUGAUUAUUAUCAUGAUGGUUAUUAUUUGUUUUUGUUUUUUUUGUAUGAUUCUGAACUGAAGAGACUCUAAUCUUAUUGGGUGCUUUUUUGGCCCGUGUGAAAUCAUCCGUUUGGCUUGUUUUAUGAACAACACUAACAAAGUCAUCAGUGUGUGGAAGGAGUUCCUGAGUUCCCAAUUUACACUGCUAAGAACAUAGGCUGGGUUCCCUAAAGACUUUCGAUUGGCACCCAAGGGGGUCCCUCCAAUCCAGUGGGUGUCCCAAUGAACUGUCCUCGCAAAGCGGGUGCCCAAUAGACUGUGCUACUGAAGAUGUCCCCGACAGGACAGUCCCAAACACAUGCACACAAAAACAAGGCCUAGUGAGGUUAUAUACUGGACUAAAACUGGACCUGGUCUGCACUAGUCUGUGGGACUAAGACUGGUUUCAAAUAGCUACUGAGCUCUACCAUGUUUUGAAGUGUGUUUUCCCUGCAGAUAGGGCAUUGUGUUUAUUGGGUGUACAUUAUUAUUUUGAUUAUUAUUAUUAUUAUUAUUAUUGUUGUUGUUUUUGAUCAUUAUUAUUUGUCAUCACUGCUUGCUAAAGAUUGGCACUUCGAGAUUUGUUUGUCCCUUGAUGCCGUUGCAGAAAAAAAUAAAUUAUUGCUAUUAAUAUUAUUCCAAGAGUUUAGAUUCUGAAAUAUUUUGCCCCCCACCCCCCUUUCCCAUCACUCUCCUUACCCUUGUUUUUGUUUGUCCAUCUCUGAAGUGGACUUUGGUUUUGUUUAUUUAGUUUUUUGGUGGUCUGGGGCAACUUGCCUGGAAAGUGUUCCUAUUUGGGAUUUUAAUGGAAGGCCAUCAGAGUGGGCAGAAACCCAUGAUCAAUCAUGCAGAAGUAUAGAAAUAUGAAGAUUUGAGGCCUUUUGGUGCAUGACCUUCAGUUUUUAAAUCCCACUAAAUGAGCCAUUUCUCCAACUAUCAAAUAAAUCUAAUUGUCUCAUCAUCCGUUCCAGAUUGAUGAACAUACACAAGAAUAAUAUCUGCAUAGUUGUUGUUUUUUAUCUUUAUACAGCACUGUUCAGUUAAUAGCUCAUGUAUGAGAUGAAGUCAGCCUGCUCAUAUGGUAGGCUUUUAUUGUGAUUAGCCUUCACAAGGUGCAAAUGGCAUUAUGAAGUUAUUUCAAUAGCAGUUGAUACUUGAAUUUAUCAGAAUACUGUGGCGGUCUAAAGUACAGUGUUACUGAAACAAUAGAUAAUUGGAAAUAUUUACAAAUAGAAGCAUCCCAGAGAGGAAGAUUAAUAAAGGAGGACAAAGAGAGAGGUGAAUAUAAACUGAAACACAGUUCUUUAAUUUUGGCUUCAACUGGAACUACA